AUGAACUUCACAACAAUCUCUGAUUCUUCUUCGAUUCUCACAUCGACGAUUACGUCAAGCAGCUUGCUGGAAUCCACUGCUGCCGUACCUGAUAGCGAUGAUUCGGAUUUCUAUGAACUGUCUCCUGUAGAAUUGAUGAUAUGGUGUAUGCUGUAUGCAGUCAUUGCCUUCAUGGCAGUUGUUGGAAACCUUCUCGUUCUCUACAUCACGCUAUUCCGUUUAAGAGUUCGUUCAAUCACCACAUAUUUCAUUUUAAACCUGGGAUUUGCUGAUCUUUUCACGGGCAUCUUCGCGAUUCCUUUCAAAUUUCAAGCGGCCCUUUUCCAAGAAUGGUUCUUACCUCAUCCGCUCUGUCGAAUCGUUCCAUACGUGGAAACAGUUGCUUUGACAGUAUCAGUCUUCACUUUGGUCACAUCUGCAGUCCACGAAUUCCGUACAAUGUUCUUCUCUAAAUGCUCUCAAAUGAGUCCGAAAUCUGCAAAAAGAUGUGUGCUUUUGAUAUGGAUCAUGUCGGUUAUCGUGUCACUUCCACAUGGAUUAUUUCAUCAGACUUACGAGUUUGAGGAUGAUAAUGAUUCCAGUAAAACUAUUGUUCAGUGUCUCCCAGUGUACCCUGAAGCCGGAUGGUGGAAAAGCUACAACAUCUAUCUCGUCAUCAUUCAAUACUUUUUCCCAAUGGUCAUUCUUGACACCGCUUACACAAUGAUUGCUGUGAAAAUCUGGACGUUGAGCAAGGCUGGAGAAGAAAUGGAUGAAACAAAAACUGCAAAUCAAAAAAUAUCAGUGGUAUCAAUGGUUCCACCAAACACUCAAUUAUCGCAGCUCAUGCGAACUCUCAUCAUUGUCGUCGCCUGUUUCUCUUUGUGUUGGUUCCCAUUGGAGACGUAUCUUCUUCUGAAUGAACUAAAACCUGAAGUCAAUGGAUGGAAAUAUAUCAAUCUGGUGUUCUUCUUCUCUCAUUGGUUGGCUAUGAGCAAUUCUUGUUUGAAUCCGAUAAUUUAUGGACUUUAUAAUACAAAAUACAACGAAGAGUAUCGUCGAUUGUUCCGGCAGAUUGGAUGUUUUUGGCAGAGGGGAAAAAGCGUUACUGAUCCAAUGAAACCUGAACGCCGAUGGAACUCUUCAAAUGACUGCCAAGAUCAACAAGAAAUCGAUCAGAUCGUCGACAUUCCUUCAAUAAUUCCAACGAAUAAUUGUCCCCGCUAA